GUUUUGGCGGUAAAAAAAAAAAAAUCAACAUAUAAUAAAAACGAAUUAUAGACAAAAGGCCAGGGCGAAAAAAAUUAGGGAUUUCAAGUGUUGAAGCAGAGCGGAGUUGCAGAGCAAGCAGCUUUAUCAUCCUUCUCUGUUCGAUUUCUCUCUGGUUAAAGCAAGUCUUGAUUAUUUUCAUCAACUUCUUUCUGCUCUUCUUCCAUCCUCCAUGGCUACCAUACCAGUUAAUCCUAAGCCUUUCUUGAACAACUUGACUGGGAAGACUGUUAUUGUAAAACUCAAGUGGGGAAUGGAAUACAAAGGUUUUCUCGCUUCAGUAGAUUCAUACAUGAAUCUACAGCUUGGCAACACUGAAGAAUAUAUUGAUGGACAAUUCACAGGAAAUCUUGGAGAGAUUCUGAUUAGAUGCAACAACGUUCUCUAUCUUCGUGGUGUUCCAGAGGAUGAAGACAUAGAAGAUGCAGACCGUGACUGAGAAGUGGAUGAGUCUCAUUGAAUUAAUAUAACUCUUGCAGUUCUACUCUUCAUGUUUGACUUCGAAUCCCGUCCAUGACAUUUACUGUUGCUCGAUUAACAAAUUGACAUCACUAAUUCUGCCUUGGAUUUGUUGUAUGUGGAAUCUUGAAUUAGGUGAUUAUUAGAGAUCGUCUGAUUGCGUGCUCUAUGGUAAAUUUACACUUCUGUGUUGAAUAACCAUCUAUUACAGGAAUUCGGAGCCUUCUUACUACUAA